UCGUUGUGACGUCAGAUUUUGCGCCGUCUUGAGGACCGUUGAGAAACGCUAGAAUUUAGGAGGCGAACAAUUUUGUAGGUUUCUAACAUUACAAAAUUCCUGCAGCAUUUACGCUAUAGUUCACAUUUGCGAAACGACAUAAGGAGGUGAAAAGUGCGCUGGACUUAUUGCCAAUCUUCAGUUUAUCUAAUCAUUUUUUCUCAUUUCACAGCAAAGGGUCAUACGGGGAAAGAAGCCAUGAUUAAACGCGUAGGCUAAACGCCAGAUACGCACCAAGACACAAACAGGAAUCCAAUGAACGAAAAAGAAUUAGUUCAAACAUCAGAAUAAUGCAGGGUUUGAAUAGGUAACUAAUGCUGAAAGCUGGAACUGCACGAAGAAACCGCGUAUCGGAUCGUCAACGUGUUUUUAAGGCCUGAGUAGGAGAGGCAUUGUUCCUUGCUAGAGACAAGCAAUAGCAGUAAGACUUCUUGGGAAGGAAUGAAAAGUACCUGUAUAUAUAGGAAAUGCCUGCUAUUGAUCCAGCUCAGUUACUGAAGGCUUUGGCACCAUUGUUAUUGCCUACAGGGGGUAUUCGGGGUACUACAGAAGCUUCCAGAAUUGUCAGUCUCAUGAAGGAUGCUAACAAACUUGUAAGCAAAUGUCUCUACUUAAACAUACUGACUGCAACUGAAGGAGAAGAGGUGCUGCAGAAGGUUAUCAGCAUGGGGGGGUGGGACACACUCAACAAGUGGCUGCAGAGUGCCAAGGAAGAGGAAAAUGUGGCUUUAAUGGCAGAGCUGCUGAAGGUGUAUCAGACUCUUCCAGUCACUGUCGAUCACCUAAAAAAAGAUAAUACAGCUCGUGUUAUUAAGGGCCUUACCAAGCAUGAAAGUGAUGUUAUUAAGUCCAUAUCAUCGGCAGUUGUUGACAGCUGGAUGAAGAAAAUUAAAGGAUCAAGUGAAAAUGAUAGUGAUAAACUCAAGAAGAAGAAGAAAAAAGACAAAGAGCGCGACAAAGAGAAGAGUCGAGACAAGGACAGACGAAAAGAUGAGAAACAUUUGAAGUCAGGAGACAAAAAAGACGGUUCCUUCAGUAGUGACAGGAAAGAUUCCUCACAUAAUUCAAGAAAAGACUCUUCCAUGCCUGUUAAUAGACACAACUCACUAUCUUCAGAAGGUUCACAAAAAGAUGGUGAUGCAACUGUUGAAGACAAUCCAGAAAAUUCUAGAGAUAGUUUAGGAAGUGGUAGUGGUGUUGAUAAAAACAAUUUCAGAGGGAAAGAAUGUGAUGAGGAUGAUAGGACAAAACGGAAGCCAAAAACUGUCCGUGUCUUCACUAACAAGUUCCGAUCAGUAUUUGAAGAUGAUGAUCCUUUGCCUCCUAUCAAGAAGAAAACUCCGGAUGAACUAAAGGCCUCCAUUCCAAUAGUGAAACGAAAUAGCAACGAUCUUUUAAAAGAUGAACCAGCUGAGAAAGUACCACGACUGACAUUAAAGAUGCCACCUUUGGUACCAGAUGGCUCCCUUCAUCCUUCAGUUGUCAGCCCCACUAAUACAUCACCACCUGAGGUCACUCAUGGAAGGAUCAAAAUUAUUCCCCCCAAAAGGCCACCUGCACAUGAAAUACAUGAAAGUAAUGUUUUUAUGAACGAGCUGACCAAGGCAACUUACCAGCAUGGGAGUAUCAAACGCAAAAAGAAGUCUAAUGUUGCUGCUUCUUCAGUCGCUACUAUAAAACAGUCCACCAGUGUAAUAGGAAAGAGCACAGGUUCCACCCCACCAUCUACACCCACCACUCCUACUACGUCCACACCCAUCACUCCUCCUACACCUGUUUCACCGGUCACAGCCAUGGCUCAGACAUUACCCUCAGUUCCUCCAUUUUACCGUGACACAUUAGAUUCAAUAGAUGACACACCCAGUCAGGGGGAAAUUAAAGCAAGCUCACUGCCACCAGAAAAAAUGGAAGGAGGGGACAGCACUGAGCCAGCUGGUCAAGAAGAACAUAUUUUUAAUGGUACGACAACCAAUGCUGAUGUAGAAAUGAAAGAAGAUGGGCAGGCAGAAGGAGGUGUGGCAGAAUCAGCAGCUGGAAACAUGGCAGACAAGCCAGGGAACCAAGAGGAAGAUGUAGAGAUGACAGACAAAGAGUCUGCAGAUGCUGAACCCAAGGGGUUGCUGGCAACAGGUUCCACGCAGUCCAAAAAACGUAAGAAGAGAGUCAGCUGGGUUGAAGACAUCAAUCUUCGGCAGAUCUUCUACUUUGAAUUAGAUGAAACUGAACGUGAAAAUGUCAACAGACCGAAAACUUUCAGCGAAUUGAAGAAACAAGAAAUGAUGCAAGAGGGCAGGGCUAUGGAGAGUGCCAAAAGACUUAUCAGUGAUAACAUGGUUGAAGUAUUGCCAUGGCGGCGGCCUCCUGUUAUUGACAACACCCACAUUACUGUGGAGCGUGGGUGCAACAGUGUGGAGCGAGGUAUUCAGCAGGUUCGAGAGCAGGGCGUUUUGCAGGCUCUUUUUUUCACUAAAGAAAUGCUUCCAGAUAGUCCUUCUGAGCCUGAUAUGGACAUGAAUGUGACGAUGACAGAGACAAAAAUUAUUCCUCUGGAAGAUGAGACAUCUUCUGGAGAAGAAUAUGAGCAUACAUACAGUGUUGAUCCUGGGAGCAUGCCGUAUGACCCAGCUUUUGACAUUUCAGCUCAGACCAUGGCUGGAGGUGCCAGUGCAGUUAACAAUAGUCAAGGAAUCCAGCUUCCUCCAGAUUUGAACAACAUGUUGGCAUCUAUACAGCAGCAAAGCAUAGCCACUGGUGGCCAGUCUCUCCAGGCCAACAGUGCUGUCAUGGCCAACGUUCAGGGCAUUCUGACCUCCAUCAUGCAUGGUGGACAGGGAAGUAACUCUGAUGAACUGAUAAACAAGCUGCGUUUAGCAUUGGAACCCUUAAAAAAUCAAAUUGGAGGAGGACCUAUGCCAGGUAUGAACCCACAGGAUCCCAACAAUCCACCAUUCCGACCCCCAGGUCCAGCACGCCAUGGACUUCUUGGUAACGCACCCCCUGGUUACAACCCUAUGAUGGUUGGGGGUCGCCCACCAUUUCCGCCGCAAGGUCCAGGGAUGGGGGGUAUGGGAGGCAUGGAAGGAGGAGAAAACUGGAACAUGGCCAUGGGCAUGCAUGGAGGCCCACCAGGACCUGGCUUUCACCCAAUGCCGGUACCAAUGCCAAAUCCAGGCAUGGGUGGCAAUGGUCCCGUCAUGUCAGGACCACGACCAAUGAUCAGGCCUCAGCGAAGAGGUCAGCGGGCAGUCUGCAGACAUUUUGUGGCACCUACAGGCUGUCGCUAUGGCAAUGCCUGUGCCUUCCUACAUCCAGGAGUGAAUGGACCACCACUGAAUAAUUAAUCUCACAGCAUAAUCUGCAUUUUGUAUUGUCUUGUCAACCGUGCAGCAGAGAGGGUUCAGAUCUCUUUGCAGCAGCAUACUUCCACAUUAGUGACAUGGCCAUUUUUGUCAUGUCAUUGGCCAUCUGGUCCCAGUAGUGUUGGCAGCACAUGUGCAGGACAGAGCAAAUUCAUGUUGAUGUCAGUUUUGAAAUGCACAUGGCAGUGUCAUGUUUUCUGGAAUUUGCACAAAUUAUCAAUGUUCUUUCAGGAAGUGACAAAGUUUCAUUGACAACCGGAGCAGAUUAGAGCAAUGCAAGUUUUUGGGUUUUGUUUUGUUUUGUUGUUUUUUUUUGAACCCUGCUGUACGUUUGCAUAGUGGUAUGCAUCUGUUGAUCACCAUUUCUGUUCAAGAAACCUGUCAACAUAGUACGGUGAUUAAAACUUGUUCUAAUAUCCAUAAUGUCAAGUGUUUAGAGUCAGGACAGUUUGAAAGGGGUUGCAAAGGAUAGCAACCUUUUCGGUUCAAGAUCAUUUACCAUAUUCAUGUAUUGCAGGAUUGUUGCAUUCUGGUGUGUUACUGAAUGAUGAAUUCAACUGCAUUUAAUGAAGCAUGCAACUGAGCUAAUCUGCUGUAAAUGUUUAGGGCUUUGUCUGCUGGGGUGUUUUGAUCCACUGCGCAUUUAUUAUUAGCAUGUGUCCUUGAAAAGUUGUGGGAUAGCCCUGGUGAUGUGAGACUAAAUGUUUUUAAGUAAGGCAGCAUGUUCGUGUAUGAAAGUGAUGGAGACUACAAAGCCAGGCAUAUUAAAACAGUGAGCAAAUGAUACAAAUGCAUUUACUGACAAUAUUA